AUUCUCUGAAGCACAAGGGUAGAAACAGGUCCGACUGUGCCCACUUGCUUAAUAUGCACAUACUCCAAGCCUCCGCUGCAGAAAGAUCCAUCCCAACAACUGCUCAGAUGAAGCUGAAACGAGCCCGCCUCACAGACGAUCUCAAUGAGAAGAUUGCUCUCAGACCAGGGCCUCUGGAACUGGUGGAAAAGAACAUCCUCCCUGUGGAUUCCACUGUGAAGCAAGCCAUCAAAGGGAAGCAGGUGAGCUUCUCCAAGGCCACAGAUGCAUUUGCAUUUGAAGAAGACAGCAGCAGUGAUGGGCUUUCUCCAGUUCACACUCGAAAUGAAGACCCCCAGAGUGCUGCAGGAUCCCCCCAGGAUGCAAAAACCACAGAAGCCCCUUUGGCAGGCCCUGUGGGGACAAUAGAGGAUCAUACAUCAGGCUCAGAAAAUGAUAAGAAUGAUUCCACCUCCCAGCCCAGUAACCAGUCCGACUCAGGGAAGCACGGGCUCAACGCUUCCAUUCCUGUGCACGCUGCUGUAAAGUCCAAGACCUUGGGGGACAAUAAGAACCGCCACAAAAAGCCCAAAGACCCCAAGCCAAAGGUGAAGAAACUCAAAUACCACCAGUACAUUCCUCCAGACCAGAAGGCAGAGAAGUCUCCACCACCCAUGGACUCAGCCUAUGCCAGGCUACUCCAGCAGCAGCAGCUCUUUCUACAGCUGCAGAUCCUCAGCCAGCAGCAGCAGCAGCAGCAGCAGCAGCAGCAGCAACAGCACAGGUUUAGCUACCCCGGGAUACACCAAGCACAGCUCAAAGAACCAAAUGAACAGAUGGCUAGAACUCCAACCUCCUCUUCAACACCACUGAGCAAUACCCCUCUGUCUCCUGUCAAAAACAGUUUUUCUGGACAAACUGGUAUCCCUUCUCUCAAACCAGGCCCCCUCCCACCUAACUUGGAUGAUCUCAAGGUUUCUGAAUUAAGACAACAGCUUCGAAUCCGAGGCUUGCCCGUGUCAGGCACCAAGACGGCUCUGAUGGACCGGCUCCGACCCUUCCAAGACUGCUCUGGAAACCCUAUGCCCAACUUUGGGGACAUAACCACGGUCACUUUUCCUGUUACGCCCAAUGCCCUGCCCAAUUACCAGUCCCCCCCUUCCACCAGUGCCUUAUCCAAUGGUUUCUACCACUUCGGCAGCACCAGCUCCAGCCCACCCAUCUCCCCGGCCUCAUCCGACCUGUCGGUGGCCGGAUCCCUGCCAGACACCUUCCACGAUGCGUCUCCAUCCUUCGGCCUGCACCCGUCCCCGGUGCACGUGUGCACGGAGGAAAGUCUCCUGAGCAGCUUGAACGGGGGCUCGGCUCCCUCCGAGCUGGAUGGGCUGGACUCAGAGAAGGACAAGAUGCUGGUGGAGAAGCAGAAGGUGAUCAAUGAACUCACCUGGAAGCUGCAGCAGGAGCAGAGGCAGGUGGAGGAGCUGCGGAUGCAGCUGCAGAAGCAGAAGGGCCACCACUGCGCGGAUGACAAGGCGUUGCCUUUCUUGGCGGUCCCCAUCAAGCAGGAGGACGCCGUCUCCAGCUGCCCCUUUGCAGUCCAGCAAAUACCCAAAGGGCAGGGCAGCGGCGCUGAGGGCCAAGCGCAGGCUGUUGGGGACGCUGCUCCGCUCCUGCCCCUGGGGAAGGCGCACGGUGGAGAGUCCUCAAGCCAAAGCAACGUACUGUCCUCCACAUUUCUCAGCCCACAGUGCUCUCCUCAGCAUUCACCCCUGGGAGCCAUGAAGAGCCCACAGCAUAUCAGCUUGCCCCCGUCACCCAACAACCAGUACUUCCUACCUGGGGCGCAGGGGGAAGGACACAGGGUCUCUUCCCCUGUGUGCAGCAGCCAGGUGUGCCCCGCACAGAUGGCUGGCAUACAUUCUGCUGAUAAGACAGGGCCGAAGUUCUCAAUUCCAUCCCCAACUUUUUCUAAGUCGAGUUCAGCGGUUCCAGACAUAACCCAACCUCCAUCCUAUGAAGAUGCAGUAAAGCAGCAAAUGACUCGGAGCCAGCAGAUGGAUGAACUUCUGGAUGUCCUUAUUGAAAGUGGAGAAAUGCCAGCUGAUGCCAGAGAGGAUCAUUUAUGCCUUCAAAAAGUUCCAAAGAUAGCCCAGUCCUCCCGCAGCCCCACUGCCGUCCUCCCUAAGCCUUCGGCCUCCUUCUCACAGUCGUCCUCUGGAGGGGGCCAGGUCUCCUUUGACCACUACACCGACAGUGAGGAGCACCUGGAGGUCUUGCUAAACUCCCACAGCCCGGUAGGAAAGGUGAGCGAUGUCGCUCUGCUCAAAAUUGGGAAUGAGGAGCCUGCUUUUGAAGGGAUCAUGGAUGGCUUCUCUGGGAAGUCUGCAGAAGAGCUGUUCAACGCCCAUGAGAUCCUGCCGGGUCCCCUCUCCCCGAUGCACACCCAGUUUUCACCCUCGUCAAUGGACAGCAAUGGUCUGCAGCUGAGCUUCACAGAAGCUCCGUGGGAGACCAUGGAGUGGCUGGACCUCACCCCACCUGGAUCCACCCCAGGCUUCAGCUCCCUGGCCACCAGCGGCCCCAGCAUCUUCAACAUCGACUUCCUGGAUGUUACAGAUCUUAAUUUGAAUUCCCCCAUGGAUCUUCACUUACAGCAAUGGUAG